AUGGGGUGCGCGGCUCUGCUGUGGGGCGCGCUCCUGCUUGGCUGCAGCUGGGGUCCGGGCCCCCCCGGCGUCGGUGCCGCUGCGCUCUCGACGGCCACCUACGUGCUGGACGAUGCCGUAAGUUAUAAGGAACUGGAGUACAAGGCCACAUCUAGACUCCUGGUGAACUACCAAGAACCUUAUCGCUCCCAGAUUUUAGAUUAUCUGUUCAAGCCAAAUUUUGGUGCUUCUUUACAUAUCCUCAAAGUAGAGAUUGGAGGUGAUGGACAAUCAACAGAUGGUACUGAACCCUCCCAUAUGCACUAUGAAAAUGAUGAGAACUACUUCCGGGGCUAUGAAUGGUGGCUGAUGAAAGAAGCUAAAAAGAGGAACCCCAAAAUUAAACUGAUUGGAUUACCUUGGACAUUUCCAGCAUGGAUAGGCAAGGGCGAAAACUGGCCCUAUGACUAUCCAGAUGUCACUGCUUACUAUAUUGUUUCUUGGAUAUUAGGAGCUAAACAGUAUCAUGAUUUGGACAUUGAUUAUAUUGGGAUAUGGAAUGAAAGGGCAUUUAGUAGCAAAUAUAUUAAGCUGUUGAGGUACACAUUGGAUAAGCAUGGUCUGCAGCAGGUGAGGAUCAUAGCCAGCGAUAGACUGUGGGAGCCCAUUUCCUUUGUGUUGCUGCUUGACUCUGAGCUCCACGGAGUGGUCGAUGUGAUUGGGGCUCACUAUCCUGGAACAAAAACAGUGCCAAAUGCCUUAUUAACUAAGAAGAAACUGUGGUCUUCAGAAGAUUACAGUACUUUCAAUGACGAAGUAGGUGCAGGUUGCUGGGCUCGGAUCCUGAACCAAAACUACGUGAAUGGAAACAUGACUGCAACCAUUGCAUGGAACUUGGUGGCUAGUUAUUAUGAAGAGUUGCCCUUUGGUCGAUGUGGAUUAAUGACAGCGCAAGAGCCAUGGAGUGGCCACUACAAAGUAGAAGCUCCUAUCUGGAUUACAGCACACACAACGCAAUUUACACAGCCAGGCUGGUCAUACUUGCAAGUAGACGGACACUUAGAAGGAGGUGGCAGUUUUGUAGCUCUGACAGAUGGCCUAGGAAACCUUACCAUCAUCAUUGAAACUAUGACUCAUAAUCACUCUCAAUGUAUCAGGCCUCCACUGCUUCACUUCAGUGUGACACCUCAGAGAGCAACUUUCUACCUCAAAGGGUCAUUUUAUAUGGUGGAAACCCUUCAAGUGUGGCAUUCUAGACUUGGUUUUGAAUCUGGAAACUCUAGUCUUUUCCAGCAACUCCAUCCUGUAAAGGUGUGGAAGGGAAGUUUUUCUUUAGAUCUGAACGUGGAUGAAGUCUACACUUUAACCACACUCAAGACAGGGAAGAAAUGUGGUUGCCCAGAGCCUCCACCACCUCAGCCCUUUCCUUCAAAUUACAAAGAUGAUUUCAAUAUUCGUAAUCCACCUUUCAGUGAAGCCCCAAAUUUUGCAGAUCAGACAGGUGUAUUUGAAUACUUCAUAAAUGCUUCUGACCCAGGAGACCAUGUGUUCACACUCCGCCAGGUGGUGGUUCAGCGACCCAUCACCUGGGUUUCUGAUGCAGACCAGACCAUCAGUCUCAUAGGAAAUUUUCAGUGGGUAAACAUGACAGUCACUUGUGACAUCUACAUAGAAAACCAACGUGAUGGGGGCGUGUUUAUUGCAGGAAGAGUCGACAAUGGUGGGAUAUAUGUUCGACGUACCAAAGGAGUUUUCUUCUGGGUUUUUGCAGAUGGCACCUACAGAGUCACUGGUGACCUAGCUGGAGAAGAAAUAUUAAUGAAAGGACUUUCUGGUGUCCGGGAUAAUGUGUGGCACACACUUACUCUCAACAUUCAGGGCACUUCUGCCUCAGGACUGUUAAAUGGUUAUCCACUCUGGGAGAAUGUCACCAUUUCUAAACCAAGUAACGGCUGGGCUGCUAUUGGGACUCGCUCGUUUGAGUUUGCACAGUUUGACAACUUUCAUGUUGAAGCUAGCUGA